AUGGGGCCAGCAGUGCAGCAGCUAGCUCCAGCUAUUGAGGCCUUUCCUCUCACUGGCAUUGCGCUGAGUGUGGCAGGUAACCUGUUUAUAGAGCAGGCGUUGGAGGCCCGCAGCCCGUGCACAGAGCAGGCAGUGGAGGCACUGCAGCGCAGCAGCAUACCGCUGCCACCGGGGGUGCUGAGGAACGACCUUGACCCUCUCGGGCGCUUCCUUGAACAAAUCCCGCCCGUUCUCGGACAGGUGCGGUUACCACCUCCACUCACAUGCACCACCAAUGCCACACACGUGGGACAGGUGCGGUUACCACCUCCACUCACAUUCGUUACCAUUACCUCACACAGGUGGGACAGGUGCGGUUACCACCUCCCCUCACAUUUGUUACCAUUACCUCACACACGUGGGACAGGUGCGGUUACCACCUCCCCUCACAUUCGUUACCAUUACCUCACACACGUGGGACAGGUGCGGGAUGGAGUGUCGGAGUUCACACCACCACCGGCAGAGACCAGGAAGCUUAUCGCCUCCUCCUAUGCUGUCCCACGGAACCUCCUGAUCAAGUUCUCGGUGGACACCUUAGAUGAGACGGACCAGCUGGAGCCCAUUCUCAUGGGGCGCAUGGAGGAGAUUGGCGGCUCUGUUUCCACUCUGCUGCUUGAGGGGACUCACGCGACUCCCCUGGCUCCAAGGCUAGGUGAGAUCCUACUGCCGUACCUACUGUCCCCAUGCGUGCUCUGCCCCAUGCUGGCCCAUGUGCCCCUCGCGCGCUGCCCUUCGCGCGCCUCGCGCUGCCGCAUGUGCCCCGCAUUCCCACGCACGCACUGCCCCGCGCUUCCCCGCGCUGCCGCGCGUGCCACACGCAGCCCUUCGCGCAACCCCGCGCGAGCCACCGCUGCUGCUCGCACGCCAUCGCUGCCCCGUGCGCAACUGCCGCCUGGCGCCGCUGCGGCCUGCAACCGCCGCUGCCCACGAGCCGCCGCUGCCCGUGCGCUGCUGCUGCCUGGUGCCGCCGAAGCUCACGCGCUGCCACUGGCCCGAGCGCCACCACUGCCCCGUGCGCCGCUGAUGCCUGGCGCCGCCGCUACUCACACGCCGCCGCUGCCCCGUGCGCCGCCGCUGCCCCGUGCGCCGCCGCUCCCCCGUACGCCGCUGCUGCCUGGCACCUCCGCUGCCCGUACGCCAUUGCAGCCCGUCCGCCGCACCACCGCCGCUAGCGCCCUUACGAAGCUGCCGCAUAUGCACAGCCACUGCCGCCCGACGAGUGCUGCAAACGCGUACACGGGCAGCAGAGCUGACAGGUGGCAAGGGUUGCAGUGGCACAUGCGAGCCAAGCGUGCAGCUGGCAUUGGACUUGUGCAAGGGCUCAUGCAGCCCCAAACCGCCAGCGGCUUGUACAUACGACUCGGGGCACCCGAGCCUCGUCCUUUGUGA